AUGUCGCCCCUCUCCUUGCUCGCACUAUUCUUACCCUCGUUAUCCAACGCCUAUGCCCAGGACUUUUCAAUCCCUCCUGGUUGGCAGAAUACUACGUCAUCUGCUAGCCGCACAGAGCGCUUGAAUGCAGCUUGGGGAGCCGCCAACGCAGUUCAAUCUGCGAUCAACGCUUCGUAUGGGAUCCCGCUCGAUAAGCCCCUAUAUGAGACUGGUUCCAACAUGGUUAUAGCUUUUGCAUACCAGGACUAUCGCAAUGGCAACGCUUUCCGGCAGAACCAGGUUGUCGACAACACGCUGAGGCUGUAUGAAAGAGGCAACACUGAACUCGUGGACACGACUUCCGCCUACAAUAUCAUCUACUAUGGUCUUGCAGAAAUGGCAGCCUACCUCGCAUAUAAGGAUGAUGGUCGGCUUGUCUUGGCGAAGCGAAACUUCGAUAUGGUCUACAGCAACGUCAUAACCGCUUCCGCCGCCGCUAGUGGCACAUAUUCUCGAGUGUUCACCACACCAUGCGGACCGUCACUCGGUGGCCUAAUCUUCAACCCGCAGAAUAAUACUGAACUGGUUGUCCUGAGCGUGACGAUAGGAUUAUGGGUGGCACUCUCUGCCCGUCUGGCGGAAGUCGUACCGGAGAAUGCCACCUAUCUCGCCACGGCCGAGCAGUCGAUCCAGUUCAUGCAGACACAUAUCAUCAACACGAAUCUCCCAAGCGCACUCGUUUCCGACCAGUUCGAUGUCGUUCAUUGCAACCCGUUCUCGGACGCCACACCGAUGGCAUACGAUAUCGGUCCAUAUAUCGAGGGGCUGAGCAUCGUCGCCAAUAUCACCAAGAAUGAUACCUAUGCGCAAAUGUUGUACAAUUUGGUGCCGUCGACCGUCGCUGUCCCAGAAUGGCACGAUAACAACGGGGUGCUCACCGAAGAUUCAGCCUAUUCGAAGGGAACAGUGAUCCGUGGCCUGUUAGAAGCGAGACUGAGGAAUCCGACCAACUCCAACAUGACUGCUCUCAUCGAUGCGUACAUCACCAUUCAGUAUAAUGCUGUGACAAAAAAUGCCCACAUAGCCGAAACUAGUAACUACAAAAGCUCUUGGCUCGGCGAUGGAUCAACGGACUACACCACUGAGGGGAAUUUGGCGGCUUUGGACGUGCUCAAUGCCGCUGUCGCAAUAACACCGACCUCUGAAGCAGCCACGAAUUCUACACCGUCUGCAGCUUCGUCAAUUCCUUUGUCUUCAUCGUCGUCGUCGUCAAGUCUUUCUUUCUCGACUUCGGCUAGUCCAUCAUCCCUAGCUACGUUGAGUCCAUCUUCCCCGGCCUCGUCAAGUCCACCAUCCCAGCAUACGUCGAUCCCAAUCGGCGGCAUCAUUGGCGGCACGAUCGGUGGAGCUGUGAUGUUCACCGUUCUCGCCCUCGGCGUAUGCCUCUGUCUGCGCCGUCGCAGGCGAACGCGCGAGAGAUUCGGACCUUCGGCAGUAGCAUAUACUCCGGACCCAUUCAUCGCAAGAAUGCCCAAUGGGCCCCCACCUGAGAAAGGAGGUACUCGACAGCACGCGGCGAGCUCGCACCGGCCGUACAACGACAACAUGGCCAGCGAACCGACCCACUCCCUUGAGAAUACCGCAGAAGAUACCUCGUUACUUGGGUCGAUGAGGUCCACCGUCGGCGAUGUCGACGCGCAGCAAGCUCUGGAAAGGAGCAUGAUACUAGAGAGGAGGUUGGAUAACCUGAUUCACACGCUGGCCAACCAGGGAGAGACCGAAAGUAGCCCACCAGAGGCCCCCGUAGUGCAAGCGGUCUAG